AGAUGAGCCAAGCGAAUGAUACAGGCUUGUAUCCUGGUAAGCUUUCAGUGUCAAGCGCGCCUCAUCAAACUGGUUGUUAAAAAAAUAGUUGAUGCUCUUGCGAGCAUCCAGCAGAGCGCUUUCAAGAUCCUGGCCUGACGGGUGGUAGAGGUGGCUGUCCUCCAGCUCACCCUCCGACAAGUCCUCACAGGCAUCUUCAAACUCGUCUUGAUCGUCAUCCAUGGCUAUGGAUGCAGGGGCAGCUGUUGUGGGUCGAUUAUGGAUGUCCACACUCAUGGUGCUGCCGGCAGGGACUGGUGAGACAGCGAGUUGUUGGACCGGCGGCGCCGAUGUGACUACACUGCCCGCCGCGCCGCCAACGACUGGCAUGAAUGCCAUGGGCAAGAGCCAUAGCCUCGGCCUUCAUGGCUACUGCUGCGGCUGCGGUGGCUGCUGCGGUGCGGCCGCUGUCAUCUGCUUUCUGUCAACGUCAACCCCUCGACGUCUGCGAUAGACGGCACACGCACCCAGGACAAGCACCUGCCGCGGUCACAGCUGAUCCCUCCUUCAAAUCAAUACCGCGCGCAGACGUACUGGUUCGUUUACUCGCGAUCAACACAGCAAAAACGAGGAUAACAAGACGGAUAUUAGGGCAUGUCCUGGGUUGGCUUCCAUGUUGAAUCCUGUCAGAGCCCUCUCAAAUGCUACUUUGUUGUUGCUUGAUGCAUUUCUAGCAUAUCGAAAAUUCAUACUUCAGAAGCAAGCUAGUGCACCAGUUUAGGGAAGAAAACGUUGGCAGACCUGCCGGGCUGUCGAGAAAUCGAUUUUUCAACAACAAAGUAGAUUUCUAGGUUAUGGUACUGGUACUGCAGUACGUUGAGUUUAUAUUUUGCGAUAAAUAUUUAGUGAGGUACGUUGUCAGCUGACCAAACUGCUCCUAAAUGGCGCAGGCACAUGUGCAAAGGGUUAGGCUACUUUACAAGACUAUUUUAAAGCUUCACAGAGGUCUACCAGUGGAAUUACAAGCACUGGGAAAUUCAUACAUCAGAGAUGAAUUCAAAAGACACAAGGGUUGUAAUACAUCUGAGGCAAAUGUUUUCAUGAAUGAAUGGACGAAUUAUGCUUUGAACCUCUCUGAGCAAUUAGGAUUAAGAGGUCCAAAGACAGGACGUGACAUAGGAGAAAAUUUGGAUGAAGAAGCGCUAAGCCUUUUACGUGAUGAGCAAAUUGCACAGCUUUAUGAAUUACAUUUGGCUGCUUCUGCUCCUCGAAAACAAGAAUAAUUGUAUAUUAGAGAAAUUUAAUGUUCUUUUGUCUUAUAAAUAUCUGAAAGAAUCUAUUUGUUUCAAUAUUUUUAAGGUAUUAUGUAACAUGACUGUGUGAUAAUAUAUUCAAGAAUAGUUACCUCAAUACUGUAGCAAUAAGUCAGUGGAAAAAUGUUUUGUAGUAGUUGUCUGCUGUACAUUGUUGCGAGACGUUUAAGAAAUUGUAUUUCCAAUCAUGUGUCAUGUGAUUAUGUGUCGUAACAUGCUAUAGUCUUUGAUUACAUUCUGCUGUUUGUUUGUCACUGCUGCUCAUUUUUAAUGUGCAGUUUUCAUAGCUUUGUAUGUGAACCUUAUGCCUCUGUCUAAUAUUCAAAAUGAUAUUUGAAAUUAACUAAAUAUAAUGAAAAGUGUGCUACUGAA